AUGUUGAGCAGAAUAGCCGUUUGUGCCGGAAUUGAAAUAAUUAAUUAUUCAAUUAUUCAACAAUUGCUUAAAGAACAAAGAGAGAAGAAAAAACAAAAGGAAAGAAGAAAACGUAAUAUUUGGGUACGUGGAUGGAUUUCUCGACGUAAGGACUUGGGUGCUUCGGAUACUUUAUUGGUUGAGUGGAGUUUAGAAGAUCCUGAUUAUUUUAAAAAACGAUUAAGAAUGACUACUGAUCAGUUUAAUACUUUACUACAUAAGGUUACUCCGCUUAUACAAAAAUGCGAUACCAAUAUGCGAGUAGCACUUUCUCCGAAAAUUAAAUUAGAAAUAACCCUGAAGUUCUUGGCUACCGGUGAUAACUAUUCAAGUCUUGCAGAGUCAUUUAGAGUUCCAGAAUGCACAAUUUCCUUGUUUUUGAAGGAUGUUUUGGAUGCUAUAUACAAUGUUUUACAGGAGUUUAUUAUGGUGCCAUCCACCACAGAUCAAUGGAAGAAAAUACAAAAGGAUUUUUUAGAUCGCUGGCAAUUUCCUUUUUGCUGUGGGGCUAUUGACGGGAAACACGUAUUAAUCGAAAAUCCACCACACGGAGCAUCAGACUAUUAUAAUUACAAAGGCACUUAUAGUGUGGUGUUGUUUGCUAUAGUGGAUGCACAUUACCGUUUCAUAUAUAUAGAUUUCGGAACUAAUGGACGCAUGAAUGAUUCGCAUAUUUGGAAAAAAACAAAGUUCUAUAGUGCUCUUGAAAGAAAUAAUUUAGAACUACCUAAUAAGGCAGUUUUCGUUGGUGAUGAUGCUUUCCCUUUGGCAACCUAUUUAAUGAAACCGUAUUCAAGACAUGAAGGUUUGGAACACAAACAAAAAAUCUUUAAUUACAGACUAUCAAGAGCACGCCGAAUCGUAGAGAAUGCCUUUGGCAUAAUGGCUUCACGAUUCAGAGUAUACAGAAAACCUAUAUCUGUUUCAUUGGAUAAAACUGAUUCUAUUAUUAAAGCGACCUGUGCGCUGCAUAACUGGCUUCGGACUAAUCUCAUAUACAUGAAUACUCCCGAAUUAGUAGACGGAGAAGACUUCAGUUCAGGGACAAUCAGAAACGGAAGUUGGAGAAGCAUUCCUACGGCAGGAGUAGACGAAUUAAUGACACCGCUAUCUUCUAAUAACUAUUCACGAAAUGCAAAAGAUCUGCGCGAUAGAUAUGCUGACUAUUUUGUCGGACCAGGAAAAGUUUCAUGGCAAGAUAGAAUGAUUGCGUAA